AAAUAUUUGAGUCGGUUCCUAUCGCGUCAAGCACUGACGCUGAUUUACAACUCAUAUAUUCUUACUCAGAUAAACUAUGCCUCUGUAAUUUAUUGUGGAAGUACACAAAAAGUUCUUGAACCACUACAUACAAUACAAUAUAAUGCAGCAUUAGCUGCUAGUGGAGCGAUGAGAGGUACUUCGUAUGAGAAAGUGUGCAUAGAAUCAGGAUGGAUUCCACUAACUGUUAAGCACACAAAUACAGUUGAACCAGUAGAAUUCAGUCAAUUAAAUUAUGAUCUUUACAAACGUAAAUUACAAUCAUCUCCAUUUUGCACAUGCGAUGAUAAUGACUUAGAAAGUGUUAAAGCACUAUUUCAACGUACAGCUGCAUUAUCAUUCGUACCAUUAGAUGAAAUUGACGCUUUAUAG